UAGUCUCACAAAACAAGUCUCUUGAGUAGCGUUAAACUGAUCUAGCAUACCUAAAGCGCACAUGACAUUAUUAGACGUAUAUUCGGAUUUACACUCAGACGAUACUACUAUGGAAUAUACAACCGAAAAACAAGAAAGUCUUGAAGAAAGAUGUCUAGCUAUCAAUGAACUUGACCACAAUCAGAACAAAAAAGUGUCGGAAAAAAUUCCAGUUGAAAGUUACGAGGCAUCGAUAACAAGUAUCAAUCUUGCAGAAUCACAACUGGAAUUACAAAGAGCAAUAGCGGCGUCAAGACGUCAACACAACGCACAAACUACCUCUCGAUGUCGGAAAGCCCAGUCACAAAAAAUACGACUUCCCGCGUCAGAUAAAAGGAAACUGUCAUGCUCGGAAAUUCCUCGCAGAGAUGCCUCAGAAACAACGGAUACCUCACAACAUUCUUCGAAAAGUUACCCCUCAUCGUUCACAUCUUCUGAUGCUUGUAACGCUAGAGUUGUUCCGUCAUCAAACGAAACGAACAUGGAUGUUUUUGAAGAAUUACGACUAGCAAGAGAAACAAUCGCCCGUUUAGAAAACAGAGUCGAUAAAUUAGAAAAAGAACGAUCAGAGUUGAGAGAAGCAAAUCAGAUGUGGGCACAAUAUGCUGCUGAAUUGAAAUCACAACACGUACGGGCUUUUCGAAGCGCCAGUGCCGACGACAUCCGAGGUCACACUUUACCAAAAGAUAUUUCUGAAAGCGAGAGUUUAAAUGAAGUUGUUGAAAACAGACGAAGUCACCAGGAAUCUGUAAUGUCUCGUAAAUCGGAAGGAGAUUUAGAAUUAUCUUGUAUUCAUCCGAGAGCACACAGCGAUUCUCACAUCUUGGAAAGUUUGCGAUCGAAAGUCUCCCUACUAACCCAACAGGUAAAAAUAUAUAAGGACGAUUUCACUUUAGAAAGACGUGAUCGAGUGCGGUCAGUAAUGGAAGCAAAACGGUUACAAAAAGAAGUCGCAAAGUUGAAAGGAGCACUAACAAAACAAAAACAACACGCAAUUAAAGAACAAUUUUUAACUUGUGAAGAUUUCGAUUAUUUGAAUCAUUGAAGAAAUCUUGCUAGAUACACGGUGAAAAUCUGGUCACAGUCGCUAUCGAAAAAAAAACUAUAUUUGUUCCUACCCAGAUUUUUUCUGUGUUCCCAUGUGAAUGUUUUAACAUAUAUUUACUUUUAAACCUCGAUAUCUCCUGUGUAGACAAAUAUUUUAUUUUUAGUAUCACUGUAACUAAGACUUCAAAUAACUAGUGUUAUUAUUAUGAGUGUGUGAUAACAAUUAAUUCCCCAAUGUAGCAAAAUUAUGACAAUUUAUUUUGAGGAAGUAUAUAUAAAAAGAGCUAUUGUAUAUGUAGGACAAAACAAAUUUGAUAUUUUGUUUGAUUAAUUUGCAUGCUGGAUAUUUUAGAACUAAUUUUUUGCUUGCUUAUUUAUGCCUGUUGCAAAUUUGUGCAAUUGUAUUUUCCUAAAAAAGACAUUGCUAGUUCUGCUAUUCCUCCUCGAAUUUCGGUCUCUCGUGAUUAAGCAUUGAUCACACCUAUGAGGCGAGAGCUUUGAUUUUGCUAUUUUCUCAGUCAAGUUGCUAUAUUCGUUUGUUUAUGAGCAGAUAAACGGGCAAUCAAUAAUAAACAGGUAACCAUGGGUAUGACCAGAGAGAAAAAUCACUACAAAUGUCGAAAAAUCAACAUAUUUUGUUCGUUUUUGCUAAUUGGAAUAUUGAUUUAGGUUAUUUUCCCCUGUACUUGUAAUAUGACACGUUUUAUGCGAUUCUUUUUUAUUUAUUACUAUUCCAGUUUUGUUAAAUUAAAUUGAUGGAAUUUUGAGGCAAUCAUAUUAUUCGGUGCUGCUCAAUUUACGUUUUUGUAAUCGUUCUAUGUAUAAAUGAACGUUUUUCUAGUGUGAAAAUUUUUGAACGUGUUUGACCAUUUUCUUAUUUGCUCCGGCUCCGUUUGUGUUUUAUAUCCCCGGACAAGCAUGGUCGGAACAAGAUUGUACUUAUACUAUUACAAUUUUAUCAAGUGCCAUAUCUGGCUGGGGAUAUAGUUAUUGUAAUACAUUAUUUUGACUUUUAAGUUUUAAUUGGGGAAAUUUUCCACGUGUUUUAGUGACGUCAUGAUAUCUAUGCACGGAAAUGUCAUUUUCGAGUCAUUUUUUUUCUUUAUUUUAGAAUUUGUAACUUUCCACCAAUAGCCAGUUCUAUGUUGUCAUUUGGAUAAAUUUCCGACAUAUUUUAUAUUUGACAUAUAAAAAGAAUAAAUUAAUAUAUUGCGAUGCCA